GCCGCCGCAGGGCCCCCAGUCCGCCCGCGAGCGGCUGCCCUCGGUGCCGCCCGCCUCGCCGCGCCCGCCGGUGGCCGGCCGGGCCACGCCGCGGAACAGGAUGCGCGCCACGCAGGGCGACGCGGGGGAGUCCUGCGUGCCCGCGCCGGCCGCGCCCUGCACGCCCGCGCCGGCCAAGGUCGACGCCUGCAAGGAGACUAUCGAGGUCCAGCGGCUCACGCAGCAGCUCUUGGAAUCCAUAUUUGAAACCGAGAUCACCGAGGAGGCCUCUCUGACAAUCGCGGACACGUACCCGGAGCUCCUGUGGCUGGCCAAUUGCCUGAAGCGCUGCCCGCUGCCGCCCUGCUGGUCCAGCGCCGACGGUGGCGCCGCGGGGAUGCGCUACUUCGAGAUCGAGGCCGCGCCGCAGGAGGACAGCGAGCGCAAGGAGGGCACGCACCCGCUCCUCGGCGCCUUCUCGGAGCUCGGGCGCCUGAUGCUCGAGUGGAGGCGCAAGCCGGACCUCGUCUGCGCCGUCGCCGACUCGAUGGAGUCCAAGAGGGAGGAGUUCCUGGAGGAGGCAGGCCGCUCGAAGUUCGUGUGGGAGGGGCCGUUCAACGACCCCGCCACCGGCGCCCAGUUCUGGCACUGCCGCGCCACGGCGCGCUCCACCUGGGGCGAUCCCGCCAUGGUCUGGCGGUUCCUGGCGAAGGUGGCCGAGGGCUUCAUCAAGGC